GCCUGAUCUCCUGCUCUCCUCUCAUCCCAGCCUACAGCUGAGUUUUGAUCAGCGAACCAUUGAGAUCAGCAAUGUAGAGCCUUGAGGUGCAGUCCUGAGAAAUUAAUCAGAAAUACUACUGAUUUGCUGGAUCUGAGCUAUCAUGUCACUGGAAAUUGCUUUUAAAGCUGUCACCGAUACUUCAGGGAUCCUGAUCUGGAGGAUUGAGCAAAUGGAAUUGGUGCCUGUUCCUCAGAAGUCUUAUGGGAACUUUUUUGAUGGUGAUUGUUACAUCCUCCUGGCGACCCAGAGUGUUGGCAGUGCUUUACAUCGUGAUAUCCAUUACUGGAUUGGGUUGGACUCGUCGCAGGAUGAGCAGGGUCUGGCUGCGAUCUACACCAUACAUCUGGAUGACUACCUCAAUGGAAGUCCAGUGCAGCAUCGAGAAGUUCAAGGGCAUGAGUCAGAAACCUUCAAGGGUUACUUCAAAAGUGGGAUCAUUUACAAGAAGGGAGGAGUGAACUCUGGUAUGAAGCACGUAGAAACCAACAUUUACGAUGUGCAGCGUCUCCUCCAUGUGAAAGGGAAAAGGAAUGUCACGGCUACUGAGGUUAAAAUGAGUUGGGAAAGUUACAGCUUGGGUGAUGUCUUUCUUCUAGAUGUCGGCAAAGUCAUCGUUCAGUGGAAUGGGCCAGAGAGUAAUCGGAUGGAACGGUUAAAGGGCAUGCAACUCGCUAAGGAUAUUCGCGAUCGGGAGCGAGGUGGACGUGCAGGGAUCGGAAUAAUCGAAGGCAAUGAGGAGAUAAAAUCUCCCGAGCUGAUGAAGGUUUUAGUAAAGUUUCUCGGAAAAAGGACCAAGGCAAUUAACCGUUCGCUACCUGAUGAGAUGGCAGAUCAGCAGCAGAAAGCCAAACUUGCCCUCUACCAUGUUUCAGAUGCUUGUGGACAAAUGAAGGUUACAGAAGUUGCCACACGGCCUCUCGUCCAGGACGUGCUGGAUCACAAUGAUUGCUUCAUUCUCGAUCAAGGUGGAACCAAGAUUUAUGUCUGGAAAGGAAAACGAGCUUCAAAGAAAGAAAAACAAGCAGCAGUCUCUGGAGCUCUGGAGUUUAUGAAGUUGAAGGGAUACCCAAACACUACUAGCACUGAGAUGGUCAAUGAUGGGGCUGAGUCAGCCAUGUUCAAACAGCUCUUCAAGAAAUGGACGGUGAAGGGGCAGACAGUGGGUUUAGGGAAGACACACACAGUUGGUAAAGUUGCCCAGAUUAGCCAACAGAAGUUCGAUGCCACCCAAAUGCAUGCCUUUCCGAAAGUGGCGUCUCAGGAGAGGAUGGUUGAUGAUGGUAGAGGGAAAACUGAGGUUUGGAGAGUGGAGAACCUUAAACUGGUUCCUGUGGACCCGAAGACAUACGGAUUCUUCUACGGAGGUGACUGCUACCUGCUCCUGUACACGUAUCUGGUGAACAGGAAGGAGAAUUUUAUCCUCUAUAUUUGGCAGGGGCGUCAUGCCACCCAAGAUGAACUGGCUGCCUCAGCCUAUCAUGCGGUCCAGGUUGACCAGAAGUUUGGCAAUAAACCAGUGCAGGUUCGGGUCACUAUGGGGAAGGAGCCUCUACACUUCUUGACCAUCUUCAAAGGCAAACUAAUCAUCUUUGAAGGGGGCACCUCAAGGAAGAACAACAAACAAGAAGAGCCGCCUGUCAGACUCUUUCAGAUUCACAGCUAUGAUAAGUCCAGCACCAAAGCGAUCGAGGUCUCACCCUACGCUUCAUCCUUGAACUCAAAUGACGUUUUUCUCCUAACGACCAAAGCAAUUUGCUACCUCUGGUUUGGGAAGGGAUCCAAUGGGGAUGAACGUGAAAUGGCAAAGGAGUUGGCUGUUAUUAUUUCCAAUGGAAAUGAGGCCAUUGUUGCUGAGGGCCAAGAAUCAAUGAAAUUUUGGGAAGCACUCGGUGGAAAGGCAACUUAUGCAAAUGAUAAAAGGCUACAAGAGGAAAAUAUGGACUAUCAACCCCGUCUCUUUGAAUGCUCCAACAAAACAGGGCGAUUCAUUGCAAGCGAGAUUACAAAUUUCACUCAGGAUGACCUCAGUGAAGAUGAUGUCAUGCUCCUGGAUACAUGGGAUCAGGUUUUCCUAUGGAUCGGCAAAAAUGCAAACGAAACUGAAAAGAGGCUGUCCUUGACAACAGUGCAGGAGUACCUGAAGACUCAUCCUAGUGACCGGGACUUGGACACCCCCAUAAUCAUGAUCAAACAGGGCUUUGAACCACCCACAUUCACCGGCUGGUUUGUGGCAUGGGACAUUAGCAAAUGGAGCGAUGGUAAAACUUAUGAUCAAAUGAAAAGGGAGCUUGGAGACAUUGCAGCAAUUGUGCAGGUCUCAUCUGAUUUAGCUGGGAUGGACUUGGACUGUGUAGCCACCCACAAGCACUAUCCACCAGAGGCGCUGAUUAACAAACAAACAUAUGAAUUGCCUGAUGGUGUCAACCCAGCCAGAAAAGAGGACGCACUGACAGACCAAGAUUUCAAACUGGUUUUUGGCCUGUCGAGAGAGGUCUUCGUUGCAAUGCCCAGCUGGAAACAGGUAAACUUGAAGAAGUCAAAAGGAAUGUUCUAAAAGAUGGAGAACUGGAUAACAUUUGCUGCAUCACUUUUGCAUCUACCAACUGGAUCAUGAGUCAUUGCACUGCUUUAGUUUAGGGUAUUUCUCCAAACCAUCCAACCGUCCAAGAAAGGAAAACAAGCACCAUCUAUUCUGCAAAAGGAUCAAUAGAAACUCUACCUCCAAUUAUAAUGCAGAUAAAUAUUAAACCUUUUCAUUCAUUUACUUAAAAUUACCUAAGUUGUAUCACAAGGUUCAAUGGCCAUAAAGGAGGACCAGGAAAGAUCACAGCAGCUCCACCUGGCUCUAUGUCCACAACUACCCUUUAUUCGUUGUUUUAAACUUUCUGUCAGAUAAUAAUUCUGAUCCACUUUCAGGAGCAGGGAAUUAUCUCAAAUAAAAACAUGUCAUAUCUUCCAUCUCUUAAUUCCUAACCAAAUGGAUGAUUUGUAUGACUUCUUAUAAACAAAAGUACACAUAAAAAUGUAUGUUUAGACCCAAGGUGUCUUAAUGAUAAAGUCAAUGAUUUUAGUCCCCUCCCCCCCCCAUCUUCCUCAAGAUGCACAUAAAUCUCGAAAGGUCGAAAGCACUUAAAGCCCAGGAGUCCGAGUCAUUCUAGUCUGUAUGUUAUGCCUCAUACUCUACCCCGCCCAUCUGAGGUUCAAUCAAAAUAGUUGUGCCACCAUCUAACCCAAACCCGCUGAGGUAACAUUUGACUCCUCUAAUAUGCCAAUCAUUGAAGGCUUGUCAUCAAGAAGCCAUUCAACAGGUGCUCAGGAGGUCACACUAGUAGGGAGGGAAGGAGGAGGAGAAACAAGGUGGAGGUACCUUAUUUACCCCAUUUAGGGUAACUGGGGAGCAGUAUAUUUUGCAAUUCUGUUUGAGCAGCCUUCAUUAACCAGUGGAGUGGUAUUCCAGAGUCUUAGGAUAAUUACAGAGGAGCAAGACCUCAAAUACCCAAAGCUGAUGAGACAGAUCCAAACCCUGGAAACUCAGACAUAAUAGAAAUGGAUCAGGUAGGACACAGCUGCGGUUGAUGCAAGGCCAUUUUGAUGCUGAAUGUUGAAAGUCCAUGUGACUGAGUUUUCUCCUGUAUCUGGGAAUGAAUUGAGAGCGAUUCACCUUGGCCUAAAUAAACUAUCUUAUUUAAUUAGUUCUUUUAUAAAUUUUCAACCACAUUUCCUGGACUCUGCUACCAGAAAGUUUGUUGUAGCCCUUUAGGAAUUACACUCUCACUGUUGAUGUGACAGACUUCAUCUCUGUUGUGCGAUUUGGACACCAGAAUCCACGGUGACACGAGGUACAGUGGUGGGAGAGGUUGUGAAGAAGGCACGAUAUAUAUUAAAUAUUUUAUCUCCAUUAUAUUGUUUGACCCUUUCACAUUUGUCAGGAUAACUUUUUUUAAUUUAAAAAGUAGAAACAAUUUCUAGAUUUGAACCAAUCAGGCUUUGAGAAAGGCCUUCACAGGAUCUAAGUGGGCUGUAUGAAGAGCAAACAAUGGAAAGUCUGAAACCAAAUGAGCAGAGACCAGCAGUGGCAAACAGUAACUGGUAACUCAUUGCUAGUGAGCAGCAAGCUUGCACGUAGCUCACUGUGCAAGCAGCAAACAGCAAGCAGGUCACAAGCUGAGCCCGCAGCCAGCCUGCAUGCAGAUAGUAGCCAGGUCAGUCAGCACACCGCUCACAAAUAGUCAGCAGACGGCUCGCAAGUAGCAGGCGUCUUGUGAGCAGCUGGCUCACGUGCAGACAGCCCGCAAAUAGUCCGCAACCAGACCAUAUGCACAUAGUAGCCAGGUCGGAGUAGGCAGACCACUCGCAAAUAGUCAGCAGACGGCUCGCAAAUAGCAUCGACUUGUGAGCAGCUGGCUCACGUGCAGACAGCCCGCAAAUAGUCAGUAGCCAGAUGAAAGUUUGCAACCAGCUCGCAAGUAAUGCAUGCGGCAGCUUCCUGUCCAAUUAUCGUUGUCAUCAAUGUUUGAAUUAAAAUCAUAAAUGGAAAAGUAUCUGCAUACUUGUGUUGUUUUGUCACAAAUGAAUUGGAUGAAUUUGGCCACACAGCUCAGACUUUAGAGAAUGCAGUUUGAUUCAGCCUUAAGACUUCAAUUAAAUUGCCUUUCCUGAGAAGUUAAGCCUUCUUUUUCAGUCUUCGCUUGAUUAAUGAAACUUGAAAGGAGUGCAACCUGCUCAUUAUGAAACAGUUUUCCGUGAUCCAGUUAACUUUUGUUUAAUCAUUUGGGUAUCUUAUUGUUGGGUCACACCUACCAACAAUGACAUUUCCUUUUUUUGGAAAAAGUUAGUAGUUGCUUUGAGUUUAAACAUACAUUCAAAUAUUCAAUGGUUGACAGCAAACUAAAGAGUUUCUUAGAGCAGUGAAUGUUGCAAAAAUGCUUUAUGUAAGGAAUUUUUCCUAAUAAUACAAAAAACCAGCAAGUAUAAAACUUUAGCAUCUCUUAGAUUUCAUUAUAACUAGAUGGAACUACAAUUGUUGUCUAAUCCCUCUCAUUACAUCAGAUGAAACCUUACCAUCAGCUUAAUGCAGCCACAGUAGAACCUCUCCCAUAUCCUACGUAACUGAGCCCAUUGUGUUACAGUUAAGUGUUGUUUGGUUCUGCACUGAGCUUGGCAAACUGAGUUUAGAAACACACAUCAAAGUUGCUGGUGAACGCAG